ACACACAUUGAAAGAAUCUCCCAGACUCUUAUUAAAUUAUGUUAUGUGGUGCUAUUCUAUGGUGUGCUGUACUUUGCUAUGCUUGGUUAUGGUGUGCUGUAUUGUGCUAUGUUAUGGUGUGCUGGUCUGUGCUUUGCUAUGUUAUGGUGUACUAUGCUAGGCUAUGGCGUGCUGUACUUCGCUAUGUUAUGAGGUCCUAUGUUAUGGUGUGUUGUACUGUGCUAUGUUGUGGUGUGCUGUGCUUCGCUAUGUUAUGAGGUGUUAUGGUGUGUUGUACUGUGCUAUGUUGUGGUGUGCUGUGCUUCGCUAUGUUAUGAGGUGUUAUGGUGUGUUGUACUGUGCUAUGUUGUGGUGUGCUGUGCUUCGCUAUGUUAUGAGGUGUUAUGGUGUGUUGUACUGUGCUAUGUUGUGGUGUGCUGUGCUUCGCUAUGUUAUGAGGUGUUAUGGUGUGUUGUACUGUGCUAUGUUGUGGUGUGCUGUACUUCGCUAUGUUAUGAGGUCCUAUGUUAUGGUGUGUUGUACUGUGCUAUGUUGUGGUGUGCUGUAUUGUGCUAUGUUAUGGUGUGCUGGUCUGUGCUAUGCUAUGUUAUGGUGUACUAUGCUAGGCUAUGGUGUGCUGUACUUCGCUAUGUUAUGAGGUCCUAUGUUAUGGUGUGUUGUACUGUGCUAUGUUGUGGUGUGCUGUGCUUCGCUAUGUUAUGAGGUCCUAUGUUAUGGUGUGUUGUACUGUGCUAUGUUGUGGUGUGCUGUGCUUCGCUAUGUUAUGAGGUGUUAUGGUGUGUUGUACUGUGCUAUGUUGUGGUGUGCUGUGCUUCGCUAUGUUAUGAGGUGUUAUGGUGUGUUGUACUGUGCUAUGUUGUGGUGUGCUGUGCUUCGCUAUGUUAUGAGGUGCUAUGUUAUGGUGUGUUGUACUGUGCUAUGUUAUGGUGUGCUGUGCUUCGCUAUGUUAUGAGGUGUUAUGGUGUGUUGUACUGUGCUAUGUUGUGGUGUGCUGUGCUUCGCUAUGUUAUGCUGUGCUAUGCUAGUUUAUGGUCUGCUAUGUUAUGGUGUGCUGUGCUAUGUUAUGGUAUGGUAUGCUAUGUUAGUGUAUGCUAUGUUAUACUGUGCUAUGUUAUGGUGUACUGUGCUAUGUUAUUGUGUACUGUGCUAUAUUAUUCUGUGAUGUACUGUGCUAUGAUAUGGUGUACUGUACUAUUAUGGUGUACUAUGCUAUGUUAUGUUGUGCUUUACUAUGUUAGUGUAUACUAUGCUAUGUUGUACUGUGCUAUGUUAUGGUGUGCUGUACUAUGGUGUACUGUGCUAUGUUAUGGUGUGCUAUGUUAUGGUGUGCUAUACUAUGUUAGCACAGUACAACAGCAUAGUAUACACUAUGUUAUGGUGUGCUGUACUAUGGUGUACUGUACUAUGUUAUUGUGUACUGUGCUGUGUUAUGGUGUACUGUGCUAUGCUAUGGUGUACUGUACUAUGUUGUGGUGUGCUGUGCUUUGCUAUGGUGUACUGUGCUAUGAUAAGGUGUACUAUACUAUGCUGUGUUAUGGUGUGAUACUGUGCUAUGUUAUGUUAUGGUGUGAUACUGUGCUAUGUUAUGGUGUGAUACUGUGCUAUGUUAAAUGAGGCUGUGUUU